GGAAUAAAGUCACACGUGAGAGAUCUAUCAGAUGCCAAACUGAUAGAUUGGUAAACUAAGAUAUUACUUGCAAUGAGAGCUGCACGUGUAGCUAUGAGGGUGCGUGAGCGAGUCGUCUCGUGACCAUGUCCACAAUAUUUUUUCUCAUGGCGUGGAUAAUGACUCAAGGUACUCAGAAAGGCGAAGGUGUGGAGGAAUGUGGCGGGGUGUUGACGGCGGAGCGCGGAGUGAUUCAGACUCCAAACUUCCCUCACAAGUUCUACGUGCCUCUGCACUGCCGCUGGGUAAUAGACGCUUCACAACACGCUACCACCGAGGACUACUCUAUAGUUGUGUACUUCACUCAACUGUUCGUAUCCUCUGGGCUGACCUUCACCGAGUUUGACUAUUACGAAGCUGACUCUACCUUCCAGCUCGGCGGCAGACUAAUUCACAAAGUGACAGAACAGAAUGUGACCAGUGUAAAGUGGCUGUUGACUCACAGACAUUAUCUAGUGAUAGACUUCACCAUGGACCGUCUAGAAGGUAACCACCUACGGGUCCUGGAUGGCCUGUUGGAUGUGUUCGGAUUCAACUUCACCUACGAGUCUGGUGGACCAGUCAGCAACAACAGCUGUAGUGUGGUCGGCUGUUCUCUGUCUGGCCACUGCUACGCAUCUCGUCAAUUUGGCGAGUAUUGGUGCGACUGCUACCCCGGGUUUUCUGGAGAAGACUGCGGCCACGGGCCACUGUGCGAAGAAGACAACGUCUGUCUCAACAGUGCCGUAUGCAGACAGGUAGGCGCUGCGGCGGUGGUCUGUAUCUGUCCAGACGGGUUUACUGGCUCAAAGUGUGAAACUCUGCUUCAGCAUAACGGCUGUGCCACUGAGGAGGAUUGCACAACACAUUGUCCCGAGGAUGGUCUAGCAGAGCCCUGCACUUGCUGGCCCAACACCUCACCUGUUAACAAAGAGAGGGCAAGGUACGAGGGCACAGUCCGCCUUACCAAUGUCACCGCGGUCCGCUCGUGUCUAGAGAGUGCUAGCUGCUCGCUCAAGACAUUGCUAACCAAACAGAUUACCAAAUAUCUGAGAAGUAGCAAUCUGUCAGUAAUGGAAGAUCUCAGGGUGAUUGACGUGGGAUUCAGUGGAGAGGUUCGUUUCCACUUCUGGGGAGGCAAGCGCGACGGGUCCAGAGUGAGAGAGUCGCUCAAUAGACUGGUCCAGCGAGGGAGGCUGGGUAACGUCACUCUAGUACCUACACAUCUAGCAAUCACUCAGGAGCCUACCCUGCAUCUACUGAGUGUGAAGUUGAACCUGCCGAAGCCUGUGGUACGACUUGGGGAGAAGUUCAUACUUACCUGCGUCGCUCAGGGAUCCUCGCAUUUGACGUUCCGUUGGUUCAAAGAUGAUGUUUUAAUCAAUACGACACGAGCGAGGAGAAGCAUAUGGAGCCGGCUUUUGCCACUAGACUCUAUGGAGCAAUAUACUGCGCUGCUGGGAGUGGAGCAGGCGGAUCCCUUAGAUGGAGGCCGCUUUACUUGCCAAGUAACGGACUGGGGCUACCAACAAUGCAAGAGUGUCGUGCUAGAGGUGCUGCGCCCCCCUCAGAUCAGGCUGGACCCUAUCACCCUCACUGUUGAGAAGGGGGAUCAGCUGACAGUGAAGUGUACCUCUCCCAACGAGCUGCAGCAUGAGGACCGCUUCGGCUACAGUUGGACCAAGAACAACGCACUGUUCAAAAUGACGCCUGACCUGGAGUUCUGGGAGGAUUUGUACCCUGGAGGCAGCAUUCUCAGGAUAUAUAAUGUUCAGAAGUCAGCCGUGUAUAGUUGCCACGUCCACGGUGCGGCGAAGUCCGUGUCACGGAGUGUGCGGCUGGAGCUUCUGAACCGCUCGGUGGUGCCGUGGUGCGCAGCCAGUGAUGGGUGGCGCUGGGCUGGUCCAGGAGUCACUGCGAGGGAGGAGUGUCCCCCGCAGUACCAAGGUAUCGCUACUCGUCUCUGUCUGCUGGUCGACAAGGACCAAGCGGCCUGGCAGACGCCGGACUUCUCAGACUGUGUUGGCGAUAAAGUUUCGUCCAUCGCAGAUAACUUCCACCGCGUGACGCUGGGUUACGGCAACACCACCGCUACUGACACACUGUUAGCACUGCUCAAAGUGCUGCAGGACCGUGGCACCACCUACCCUGGCGAGGGAGAGCCCGUAGUUGCCCUGCUGAAACGUCUCGUCGACUACCUCAACGCCACCGCUACCCUUGAUGACGUCACCAACGCCACAGACCACUUAUACGGAGUGGUCAACUCUCUACUGCUUCAGAGAAACUCUAUCAUACACCAUCAGAAGGUUGAGGAGCUGCAGAGGGUGGUGACCCAGUGGGCUCGACUGUGGGGCACCUUGGGCGGCUCAGCCAACCUCCAUCUCGCCCUCGACACUCUAGCAGUAGACAUGUUCAGAUACGAGGGUGGGAGUGGUCUCAGACGAGGGCUCACACUCACACUGCCUAGGAGCUCUCUCAGCUAUCCGGCGUGGUAUGCAAGUCAAAUUUCUCUACACGUUGAGGCUAACAAAAAGAAUCAAAACAGUACCUCGAGCGUUUCUGUCAUCACCUACAACAAACUCUCAGAGUUUUUGCCUCAGCGGUACUCUCAAGUUCUAGAGAACGGUAGCGAGGUGCAGUACGAGGUAGCCUCCUCUCUAGUGACUGUAGUAGUGCAAGGUGCAGUAAGGGUCGUACCAGAUGUCAUGUUGACAUGGUUCCAGUGGCCUGGUCUGACGCUCCUAUGUGUGUUUGUUAACAGUGUUUGUGUUGGCAGGAACGGUAGCGAGGUGCAGUACGAGGUAGCCUCCUCUCUAGUGACUAUAGUAGUGCAAGGUGCAUUAAGGGUCGUACCAAAGGUCAUGUUGACAUGGUUCCAGUGGCCUGGUCUGACGCUCCUAUGUGUGUUUGUUAACAGUGUUUGUGUUGGCAGGAACGGUAGCGAGGUGCAGUACGAGGUAGCCUCCUCUCUAGUGACUGUAGUAGUGCAAGGUGCAUUAAGGGUCGUACCAGAUGUCAUGUUGACAUGGUUCCAGUGGUCUGGUCUGACGCUCCUAUAUGUGUUUGUUAACAGUGUUUGUGUUGGCAGGAACGGUAGUGAGGUGCAGUACGAGGUAGCCUCCUCUCUAGUGACUGUAGUAGUGCAAGGUGCAGUAAGGGUCGUACCAGAUGUCAUGUUGACAUGGUUCCAGUGGCCUGGUCUGACGCUCCUAUGUGUGUUUGUUAACAGUGUUUGUGUUGGCAGGAACGGUAGUGAGGUGCAGUACGAGGUAGCCUCCUCUCUAGUGACUGUAGUAGUGCAAGGUGCAGUAAGGGUCGUACCAGAUGUCAUGUUGACAUGGUUCCAGUGGCCUGGUCUGACGCUCCUAUGUGUGUUUGUUAACAGUGUUUGUGUUGGCAGGAACGGUAGUGAGGUGCAGUACGAGGUAGCCUCCUCUCUAGUGACUGUAGUAGUGCAAGGUGCAGUAAGGGUCGUACCAGAUGUCAUGUUGACAUGGUUCCAGUGGCCUGGUCUGACGCUCCUAUGUGUGUUUGUUAACAGUGUUUGUGUUGGCAGGAACGGUAGCGAGGUGCAGUACGAGGUAGCCUCCUCUCUAGUGACUAUAGUAGUGCAAGGUGCAGUAAGGUUCGUACCAGAUGUCAUGUUGACAUGGUUCCAGUGGCCUGGUCUAACGCUCCUAUGUGUGUUUGUUAACAGUGUUUGUGUUGGCAGGAACGGUAGCGAGGUGCAGUACGAGGUAGCCUCCUCUCUAGUGACUGUAGUAGUGCAAGGUGCAGUAAGGGUCGUACCAGAUGUCAUGUUGACAUGGUUCCAGUGGCCUGGUCUGACGCUCCUAUGUGUGUUUGUUAACAGUGUUUGUGUUGGCAGCAACGGUAGCGAGGUGCAGUACGAGGUAGCCUCCUCUCUAGUGACUGUAGUAGUGCAAGGUGAAUUAAGGGUCGUACCAGAGGUCAUGUUGACAUGGUUCCAGUGCCCUGGUCUGACGCUCCUAUGUGUGUUUGUUAACAGUGGUUGUGUUGGCAGCAACGGUAGCGAGGUGCAGUACGAGGUAGCCUCCUCUCUAGUGACUAUAGUAGUGCAAGGUGCAUUAAGGGUCGUACCAGAGGUCAUGUUGACAUGGUUCCAGUGGCCUGGUCUGACACUCCUAUGUGUGUUUGUUAACAGGGUUUGUGUUGGCAGGAACGGUAGCGAGGUGCAGUACGAGGUAGCCUCCUCUCUAGUGACUAUAGUAGUGCAAGGUGCAUUAAGGGUCGUACCAGAGGUCAUGUUGACAUGGUUCCAGUGGCCUGGUCUGACGCUCCUAUGUGUGUUUGUUAACAGUGUUUGUGUUGGCAGGAACGGUAGCGAGGUGCAGUACGAGGUAGCCUCCUCUCUAGUGACUAUAGUAGUGCAAGGUGCAUUAAGGGUCGUACCAGAGGUCAUGUUACCGAGGUCUCAUCGUCCAGGCUGGCAGUUCCGAUGUGGUGUCACCAACUCGCCCAGCACAACAUGGAACCUUACUGUCUGUUCGGCGUACACCCAGACACCCAACCUUACCCUCUGCACCUGUCCAACUAUUGGCACGUACGCCGGCUUGAUGGUCAAGGUUGUCUAUAUGAGUGAGUCCAAACAAAAGCGGUCUAUGGCACGGAUAGUGUUAGUGGGUUGUGUGUGCUGCCUAGCUCAGUCACUUGUGGCUCUAUCGCUACUAGCACUCAGGUGGUAUCGCCAUACUACAUGUCUGUUAUUCCUCAAGCUACAAUGCUGUGCGACCACCGCUACCGCCAUGAUUGCCUUCCUGUACGCCACCAGUAGUACACCACCACAUGAGUCGUACCCUGCGAUAUCCACAGUUCUUCAGGCUGCUGUCAUGGUCAGUCUGUCGUCACACCUCAGUAAGGUUCUGCUUGUCUACACGGAGGUAUACCUACCCUCCGUUAAACACAUAAGGCACACGAUCAUCUGCAUUAUAACAGGAGUGCCGUUGCUGGUCGUCCUGUGUAACCACAUCGCCCAAACCACCACAGAUUCCCCACUACACUCAUGGUGGCUCACUCACGGCUCCAUGGUGUACUACACGUGUUCUACUUACAUCGUGUUUCUAUUAUCCUCCUUCGUGUUUCUGUUCUACCUUGUGACCAAGAGACUGAGGAGUCUUACAGUUGGCAAGAGCUCUGAUACAAAUAAAGCAAUACUAAGGAGACAGGGUUUGUUGAACCGCGCCGCUGUAGUACUGAGUGCAACGGUUGUCAUGACUGCCUCCAGUUUCAUCUACGUCAACGAACCCUCCACGAGAGCUCAAUACCUGUUCAGCUUUACUAGUGCCUUAUUGGGGUUUACCAUCCUCAUGUGCUACGUGUUGCACUGCGAAUCCCCGUUACAUCUCAACUUGCUCAGAGUUCUUCAACUUGAUAAUUCCUUCAGUUCCGAGUCUGACAGCAGCCCCCUCAAUAUUUUCACGAAGCAAGAGGCAGAACGGGAGUGUGAGGGCGCGCCUCUCACAGUAUUGGAUGCAGCACCUCUUAGGAACGGUAAAGUGGAGCCUGUCAGAGAGGCCCCUCCGAUACUGAAGACCAAGACAGACGACCACACACACUGUCGCACUCCUACCAGACCCAAGGCAGUCACCUUCCACAACGACCUGGUGACGGGUUGUGACCGAGGGGUGGUGGAGCCAGUCAACAUGGAGCUGUACCCGGCCAGUCCCCGCAAGUUCCCCGGAGGAGUCUGUGUCAUCACCAGUGUAGUCGUGGACACUCCCAGUGUGGUAGUCUGUAGCGUGGAUGUAGAGCCGUGUACCGUGCUGAGUCAGUCUAUCGUCCACACUGCAGUACAAGAACCUCCGACGCCCCCGGAGCCAGACGACGACGACGGUGACGUCAUGGAUAGGAUAUGCCACGACCUGGACUACUUGCUGGGAGGUCUUCCACAGGAGAUAAAGGCGGAAAUCCCCAGACCAGACGAGCCUGUGGAUGCCUCGGAGGCAGGAGGGAUGAUACAACAAACUAGUUUAUAGAAGUCGUGUGUCGUCACAAACAUUAUAAUAACUGUGUUGUAAGGUAUCUCAAUUAUAGAAUAAUUUAAAUCCGAUUAAUGAUAUUAACGAGAAUCCUUUAUUUUUGUAACCUUAACAGUACCUUUUCACAUAGAAUAUGUUUAAUAUUAAUAAGUCAAUAUGUUAACAUCCAUAUACCCCAAAGAAUGUUCUCAACCACUGCCAAUUUAGAAAUUGUAUUUAGUUGUCAUUAUGUUUACAAGAUCAGGUAAUUUUAAAAAAUCUAAUAUUUUUUGUUAUUCGAUCUAUGUCUUUAAAGAAAAGUAUCGUCAAUGGAAACGUAUGUAGGCUAAAUAUUUGUCUUAUUGCUGUAAUUAUUCAGACGGAGUGAACAGGAUAGGUUGUAAAAUAUCAUAUAUUUCCAGUUAGUAGUAAAAAUAUUUCUGUAAACGGGGCCUAAACAUUUGUUAGUGUGGUAAUUGAUGUGUACGUUAUGUAAGUGUAGAAUAUAUUAACUGGAUGGACGAUUAUGACUUGUUAGAUUAAAGAUUGUUACAAUUUUGUAUAAUUAAGUGUUUUUGUACCUUGGAAUACUUUAACACUAUAGUUGUCUAGAAUAUAAGUAAAAUAUUUUUUUAAUUCGCCGUCUGUACAUCAAAUUUUAUUUCUUUACAUUGAAAAUAUAAAUCAAAACUGAAGAAAUACAAUUACUAUCGUUUUAGAGAGUAAUACUAGUUUGUAUAGUUAAUUUAUUUGUUAUUUAUGCACAGAAAACUGUGAAGUAAGUUUACUUAGUUAGAUAUGUUCUGUUACGAUAUGUAUAUAUUCUUUGUAUUCUUAGGUUACAUAUUCAACGAGUAAAUAACACGGUUAGAUUUAUAUAAAAGGUGAUGAUUUUGUUAAAACUCAAUCAAGCUUGUUCAGACAUGUAAACAAAAGUUUUGUAAAUAGCAUUGAUAGUUGAAAAAAACAUUUCAAAAGAAAUGUAAUCAUUUUUCCCUUUUUUUUUGACAAAAUGUCUUAUUUUAGGGUCACUACACCUUCAAAAUCUUCAUUAGUAUAAAAUCAUAGUAGUAUCUACAACAGUUCAUUAUUUGAACCAAAAAGUGAAGAAUAGUAUAAUUAUAAAACCAUUUUUGUGCAAAUAUUUACUCUAUACUCAACCAAUAAAAACCCAUUGGUAACGGUGGUGAUGAGCUGGUCAGAUAUGUACUGAACAUCUUCAUGUUAAAGCUGAGGUGGCUUACUAAAUACCGUACAACAUCCGUAUUAUGCAGGAAAAAAGAUUAUGUAACUUGUAUACAUUUGUAUUGCCAUGGAUAGUCACACAGGGGUUUGCAAAGAGUUUACUGGUGACGUCAACUAUUAUGCAGGCUCAUUUCUAAACAAAAAUGGAAUCUUGAUUUGAUUUCAUGAGACUUGGGCUAAGCAUUACCUACUUUUGACCUGCAGACAUAAGUUUAGUUAACAAUCACUUACUAAUAAAGUAAAAUUGCAUAUAUUUUAAAACAUGUUUUUAUGAGUAAGGUGUAGAAUAAUAUAAUUUACUCGCAAUAUAUUAUUUCUCAAAUAAAAUCAUUUAUUUCAUUGUCAUUUGAUGCAAAUCUUGUUGUUAACUAUUUA